GCCAUCUUAAACAUGGAUGCUAGUUGGUGCCCAUAACCUCCCCUAUAGAUUCAUUAUUAUUUGAGCACCCUACUUCUUAUUUUCCAAAUCCAGUUUUGACUUUUUUUCUUUCUCCGAAUCAUCCAUGGCUGGAAAACCAGAGUUUGAUCCUCAGGUCGUCAUAUCUCACGAAUUUCCCCAGUCAACGUAUACUUAUACCGAGAGGGACGCUGCACUAUAUGCACUUGGUGUUGGAGCUUGUACGAAAGAUGCGGUUGACGAUAAAGAGCUGAAAUAUGUUUACCAUCAAGAUGGACAGCAAGCUAUUCAGGUCUUGCCCACUUUCGCUGCUUUAUUUUCUUUGGAAAUUCAGUCACAGCUCGCACAGUUACCUGGUUUAAAAUUUGAUCCGCGCCUUUUGUUACAUGGUCAACAGUACAUCGAGAUAUGCAAACCGCUUCCUCCUAGUGGUUCUCUGAUAAAUAGGGCAAGUGUUGCUGGAUUGCAUGAUAAAGGUAAAGCAGCUGUUCUAGAGAUUGAAGUUUCAACUUACGAAAAAGAAUCUGGUGUGCUGCUGUGCAUGAACAGGUUGGCCGUUUAUUUGAGAGGUGCUGGUGGCUUCUCAAAAUCAUCCCAGCCCUACUCUCAUACCAAAUAUCCCCCGAAUCAGUCUCUGGCUUAUAAAAUUCCCAAAAGUCAACCAUUUGCUAUCUAUGAAGAAAGCACACAACCGUCUCAGGCCUUGCUUUACAGGCUCUCUGGUGAUUACAACCCAUUACACUCAGAUCCUACGGUUGCAGAAGUAGCUGGAUUUUCUCGUCCAAUAUUGCACGGGCUUUGCACACUGGGGUUUGCAGUCAGAGCCAUCAUUAAAAGCAUCUGUCGAGGAGACCAAAGCAUGAUAGUGAACAUAUCAGCUGUAACUUACAAGCAAAAGGGUCGUUUUUGCAGAAUAUUGUAUGAGGUGAAGGUCAAGGAACGAAACAAGGCCGUGCUCUCUGGAGUCGUAACUCUUAACCGCUUUAGCUCAUCUUUGUGA